CUGCAGGUCUGUUUGACGCCAUGUUUCAGAUGCCUGCGCAUUCAAUCACUUCGGAUUGUUAUCGCUAAAAACAUGGGAAAGUGUGUUUUUAACGAGGCCUGGCUUGAAAACAGCGAUUUUCGCCGCUGGUUGCAAGCAGUUCCCACCAAUCGAUACGAAGCUCACUGUAAGCUUUGCAAGAAGACCAUCCAGUUAGGGACUUUAGGUGUGAAAGCGCUGGAGUCUCACUCCAAGGCGGUCAAACACCAGCUUGCUGCGAGAGGUCUUCAGAAGGCUCAAGCUAUGACCCAAUUUUAUACGCCCUCUUCUUUGUCAGUGCCCGGUCCCUCCACACUCCAGCGCAGUGUCACUCCCUCUUCGUCUGCUGACCUUCGAGCUACAUUCGGUUCCACUGAGACAUCCAAAUCGGAGGUGCUUUGGAUUUUGCAUUCAAUUACAAAACACCUGUCAUACAACAGCAGUUCUGAUAUUAGCAGCAUUUUCCAGACAAUGUUCCCCGAUUCUAAUAUUGCAAAAACCUUUACAUGUGGACCGAACAAGAUUGCAUAUAUAGCGAGAUUUGGUUUGGCAGACUUCAUCAAGAAAGAGCUGACACGCACAUUAACCGGUCCGUAUGUGUUAAUGUUUGAUGAAAGCCUCAGCGCAACCACAAAAUCCAAACAGCUGGAUCUGCAUGUACGGUUCUGGAGCAAUGGAGAGGUGCAAUCAAGGUACAUGGGCUCUCAAUUCAUGGGCCAUGGGACAGCAGAGGACCUACUAAAACAUAUAGAAGAGUCAAUGCUUCAAUUGGAUCGCAGCAGGCUGGUUUCAGUCUCCAUGGAUGGGCCCAAUGUCAACUGGAAGCUUCUGGAUCUACUCCAGCAUGACCAUGCAGAGAAAUAUGGGGGUGCACAACUAGUGUCUGUAGGCAGCUGUGGUCUCCACACACUUCAUAAUGCCUUCAGGGCCGGAUUUUCAAUGUGGCACAUAGAUAAAAUUUUAAAGGCUAUGCACACUCUUUUCCACAAUACCCCAGCAAGGAGGGAGGACUACAUACAAGUCACAAAAUCCACACUCUUUCCUAAGCCAUUUUGUGGCCACAGGUGGCUUGAAAAUCUCCCAGUUGUUGAGCGGGCUCUGGCAGUCUGGCCAAAUCUUAUGCUGUAUGUGGAGGCUGUACACAAAAAACAGCUCCCAAAUCCCAAGAGUGCAUCUUUUGACACUAUAGAGGCAGCAAUAAAGGAUCCCCUUACCAUUGCGAAGAUGCACUUUUUCAUGACUGUAGCCCGGACCUUUCACCCAUUCAUGAAGAAAUACCAGACUGACGAACCUGUGCUGCCUUUCUUUGGCAAAGACUUGGCUCAGUUGAUUAAGAGUCUACUGAGACGCUGUGUCAAGAGAGAGGUCCUGCAAGACAUCACUCCCCUUCAACUCACCAAGCUGGAUCUGGCUGAUAAGAACUUGUUCCUCCUCCCACAGAGGAUCGACAUUGGUUUGGGUGCUGAGGCAGCUCUCAAGGACAGCAAAAGUGCAGAGUUAAAGGUCCUUGAGUUUAGGAGGGAUUGUGUACAGGGACUCUCAAGCAUCGCAAGAAAAGCACAGGAGAAGAGCCCCUUGAAAUAUGCAGUUGUUAGGCAGAUGGAGUGUCUGGACCCGUCUCUCAUGUUCAGGAACCCAGACAAAUGCAAGAAUCAGAUGAAGUCUCUCGUUCAGACAUUCCUGAAGGACAAGCAGCUGGCAGGAGGUGUAACUGCUGGGGAGGCCAUUGUCCAACAAUUUGAAUCUUUCCUGUCCGUUGAGGCAAGGAAUGAAGAAUUUCUCGACUUCCAGCCAUUUGAGAAACGCCUAGACACCUUCCUGCAUGGGAGAUUAAGCCGGCCUUACCCAGCUGCUUGGGAUUUUUGCCAGAAGUUGCUGCUGCUUUCACAUGGCCAGGCCUCUGUUGAAAGGGGCUUUUCUGUCAACAAGGAGGUGGAGUCUGAGAACAUGCAAGAGGACACAAUUGUCACACACAGGCUCAUAUGUGACUAUGUUGCAAUGCAUGGGGGUGUCACACAGGUUCCCCUCACCAAGGAACUCAUGGCAGCUGUAGGUGCUGCCCGGUCAAAAUACAGACUCUUUCUGGACCAGGAGCGAACCAGAAAAGAAAAGGAAUCCCAGAGCCAGAAAAGAAAGCAAACUGAGGAAUCUUUGGAGGACCUUAAGAAAAGAAAAACAAGCUUGGAGGAGGUGUCUGUCUGUCUUGCCAGGGAUGCAGAUGCCCUUGCAGAAGAAGCCGAGGGCAAGGCUGGCUCCAAAAUGGCUCAGCUUCUCUCAAAGUCAAAUGCCCUGAGACGGGCGUACAAAGAAAAACUUGCCCAACUCAAAAGUGUUGAAACUGAGAUUGAUGCUAAGAGGGAUGAACUGAGACGAAUGUAGGGUGAUGUUGUAUGUAGAUGCAGUGUGGUAAAGUUACUUUGUUAAGACACUGGUUAAGAAGAUAACUGUUUAAAUAUUUUCAGUUUUAUUAUUGAAUUAAUUAAAUUUGUUUUGUUUAAUGUAAUCUUCGAUAAGUAAACAAAUAAGAAAAGUUUUGAAUUUCUGGGAUCAUUUACAUGUUUCUGGAUGCGUCGUGUUGGUCUAAAAUUUCAUUCACAAUGGCCUUAAAAGGUCUUGAAAAGGUCUUAAAUUUAACUUACUAAAACCUGCAAGAA